UAUAUGAAUUCAUAAAAAAUAAUGAACUAAAGGAAGGAAACUGACACCCUAUCGUCUUCAACAAUAAUGCAACGACAAACUGACAAUUUUGUACAACAAAUCCUUCUUCUGGUUCAAUUUCAACAGAAACCACUUCAAAAUAGAUACUCACAAUGAUCGAUUCGGUUACUCCCUUGAUUCCAAAACCCCGAUCCGUGGAUCUUCCUCACAAGAUCCCCUUCUCAAUUAAAACCAUUUUUUCUCUCCCUUCCUUCUCUGAAGAAGAGAAGAGAAGAGGUCGAUCGAAGAAAUUUAAUGGCGAGAGGCGGAGCUCAGAAGAAAGAGAUGGUGGUGGCGAUCGACAAAGACAAAGGCAGCCAACAGGCUUUGAAAUGGACAAUCGAUCGCCUUCUGAGCAGAGGCCAAGUCGUUACUCUGCUUCACGUUAAACACAAAUCCUCUUCCGCCGCGAAUGCGACGACGAAUCUCAAUGCCGAUUUCGAUCACGGCGAGACCGCUUUGUACAAACAUCAUCACAUCGACAAUCAUAUCAGCGAUCAGUUCUUCCUUCCUUUUCGUUGCAUUUGCACAAGUAGCAAUAUAACAUGCAAUGAGGUGAUGAUAGAGGGAUCAGACAUUCCAAAGACAUUAACAAAUUACGUCUCCAAAAACGUUGUAGACAUUUUAGUAAUGGGAGCACCUACAAGAUCAGCAGCACAAAUUUACAAGAGAUUCAAAUCAGAUGUGCCAAGCAGUGUAUCAAAAGGAGCACCAGAUUUCUGCACAGUUUACACCAUCGGCCACAGAGGGAAAGUUUCGGUGAGGCAG